CUGAGCCGGGGGGCACCGAGCCCGCGCUGCGCCGUCCCCGCCCCGCUGCCAUGAGCCGCGGACGGCCCGGCCCCGAUGGCCCCCGUGUACGAAGGUAUGGCCUCACAUGUGCAAGUUUUCUCCCCUCCCACCCUUCAAUCAAGUGCCUUCUGUAGUGUGAAGAAGUUGAAAGUCGAGCCUAGUUCCAACUGGGACAUGACUGGGUACGGCUCCCACAGCAAAGUCUACAACCAGAGCAAGAAUAUACCGCCAUCGCAGCCAGCCACCGCAACCGUCAGCACCUCCUUGCCCAUCCCCAACCCAAGCCUACCUUACGAGCAGACUGUCAUCUUCCCAGGCAGCACCGGGCACAUCGUCGUCACAUCAGCCAACAGCACCUCGGUCACUGGGCAGGUCCUCGGGGGGCCACACAACCUCAUGCGUCGAAGCACCGUGAGCCUCCUUGACACCUACCAAAAAUGUGGGCUCAAGCGUAAGAGCGAGGAGGUCGAGACCACAAGCAGCGUGCAGAUCAUCGAAGAGCACCCACCCAUGAUUCAGAACAAUGCCAGCGGGGCCACCGUAGCCACCACAUCAACUGCCACCUCCAAAAACAGCGGCUCCAACAGCGAGGGCGAUUAUCAGCUGGUUCAGCAUGAGGUGCUGUGUUCCAUGACUAACACGUACGAGGUCCUCGAGUUCCUGGGUCGGGGGACGUUUGGGCAGGUGGUCAAGUGCUGGAAGCGGGGCACCAACGAGAUUGUGGCCAUCAAGAUCCUGAAGAAUCACCCGUCUUACGCCCGGCAGGGCCAGAUUGAAGUGAGCAUCCUAGCCCGCCUAAGCACAGAGAGCGCGGAUGACUACAACUUCGUCCGGGCCUACGAGUGUUUCCAACACAAGAACCACACGUGCUUGGUCUUCGAGAUGCUAGAGCAGAACCUCUAUGACUUUCUGAAGCAGAACAAGUUCAGCCCGUUGCCCCUCAAGUACAUCCGCCCCGUCCUCCAGCAGGUGGCCACGGCCCUGAUGAAGCUGAAGAGCCUGGGUCUCAUCCACGCGGACCUCAAACCUGAGAACAUCAUGCUGGUGGAUCCAUCCCGACAGCCCUACAGGGUCAAGGUCAUAGACUUCGGCUCUGCCAGUCAUGUGUCCAAGGCUGUGUGCUCCACCUACCUGCAGUCCAGAUAUUACAGGGCCCCCGAGAUCAUCCUUGGUUUACCAUUUUGCGAGGCAAUCGACAUGUGGUCACUGGGCUGUGUCAUCGCAGAGCUAUUCCUGGGCUGGCCGCUGUAUCCAGGUGCUUCCGAGUAUGACCAGAUCCGCUACAUUUCACAGACGCAGGGCUUGCCGGCUGAGUAUUUAUUAAGUGCAGGGACAAAGACAACUCGGUUUUUCAACCGUGACACUGACUCGCCAUACCCUCUAUGGAGGCUAAAGACACCAGAUGAUCAUGAAGCCGAGACCGGGAUCAAGUCAAAAGAAGCAAGAAAGUACAUCUUCAAUUGUCUGGAUGACAUGGCCCAGGUGAACAUGACGACAGACUUGGAAGGCAGCGACAUGUUGGUGGAGAAGGCUGACCGGCGGGAGUUCAUUGAACUGCUGAAGAAGAUGCUGACCAUAGACGCUGACAAGCGGGUCACGCCCAUCGAGACCCUGAACCACCCCUUUGUCACCAUGACACACCUGCUCGAUUUCCCCCAUAGCACACACGUCAAAUCCUGCUUCCAGAACAUGGAGAUUUGCAAGCGACGGGUGAACAUGUACGACACGGUGAACCAGAGCAAGACCCCUUUCAUCACACACGUGGCCCCCAGCACAUCCACCAACCUGACCAUGACCUUUAACAACCAGCUGAACACUGUCCACAACCAGGCUCCCACCUCCGCCAGUUCCACUCUUCCCUUAGUCAAUCCCGAAGUCUCCAUACUAAACUACCGCUCUGCACUCCGCCAGCCCUCCGCCGCCCCCAUGGCUGCCGUGGCCCAGCGCAGCAUGCCCUUACAGACGGGAACUGCCCAGAUUUGUGCCCGGCCCGACCCCUUCCAGCAAGCUCUCAUCGUGUGUCCCCCCGGCUUCCAAGGGUUGCAAGCCUCUCCCUCAAAGCAUGCUGGUUAUUCGGUACGGAUGGAGAACGCAGUGCCCAUCGUCACACAAGCCCCAGGAGCUCAGCCUCUCCAGAUCCAGCCAGGUCUGCUUGCGCAGCAGGCCUGGCCCAGUGGGGCCCAGCAGAUCCUGCUCCCCCCCACAUGGCAGCAGCUCACGGGAGUGGCCACCCACACAUCUGUGCAGCAUGCCACCGUGAUUCCUGAGACCAUGGCGGGUACCCAGCAGUUAGCCGACUGGAGGAAUACACAUGCCCACGGCAGCCACUACAAUCCCAUCAUGCAGCAGCCUGCCUUGCUGACGGGUCACGUGACGCUCCCAGCAGCCCAGCCCUUGAACGUGGGUGUGGCCCACGUGAUGCGGCAGCAGCCCACCAGCACCACCUCCUCCCGGAAGAGUAAGCAGCACCAGUCAUCAGCGAGGAAUGUGUCCACCUGUGAGGUGUCCUCCUCUCAGACCACCAGCUCCCCACAGCGCUCCAAGCGCGUCAAGGAGAACACGCCGCCGCGCUGUGCCAUGGCGCACAGCAGCCCGGCCUGCAGCUCCUCCGUCACCUGCGGCUGGGGAGAUGCGGCCUCCAGCAGCACCACGGAACGGCAGCGGCAGACGAUUGUCAUCCCCGACACCCCCAGCCCCACGGUCAGCGUCAUCACCAUCAGCAGCGACACAGAUGAAGAAGAGGAACAGAAGCAUGCCCCCACCAGCACCGUGUCCAAGCAGAGGAAGAACGUCAUCAGCUGCGUCACGGUCCAUGACUCCCCCUACUCGGACUCCUCCAGCAACAGCCCCUACCCGGGGCAGCAGCGGGCCGGCCACAGUGGUGCCCACGCCUUCGACAGCAAGGGCGGCCUAGACGGCCACUGCCCCGGGAACCCCCGGACCAUCAUCGUGCCGCCCCUGAAGACCCAGGCCAGCGAGGUGCUGGUGGAGUGUGACAGCCUCGCACCAGUCAGCAGCGGCCACCAUUCGUCCUUCUACAAAUCCAAGUCCUCCAGCAAUGUGACCUCCACCAGCGGCCAUUCUUCAGGGACCUCGUCUGGAGCCAUCACCUACCGGCCACCUAGGCCGGGACCAUACUUCCAGCAGCAGCCUCUGAAUCUCAGCCAGGCCCAGCAGCACAGCACCGCGGACCGCGCAGGGAGCCAUCGCCGGCAGCAGGCCUACAUCGCCCCCACAAUGGCCCAGGCCCCCUACUCCUUCCCGCACAACAGCCCCAGCCACGGAGCGGUCCACCCCCACCUGGCCGCUGCGGCCGCUGCCCACCUCCCAGCCCAGCCUCACCUGUACACCUACACGGCCCCCGCGGCCCUGGGCUCCACCGGCACUGUGGCCCACCUGGUGGCCUCCCAGGGCUCAGCACGCCACCCCGUGCAGCACACCGCCUACCCCGCCAGCAUCGUCCACCAGGUACCUGUGAGCAUGGGUCCGAGGGUGCUGCCCUCGCCCACCCUCCACCCGAGUCAGUACCCCGCCCAGUUCGCCCAUCAGACCUACAUCAGCGCCUCGCCAGCCUCCACCGUCUACACUGGAUACCCGCUGAGCCCCGCUAAGGUCAACCAGUACCCUUACCUAUAAACGCUGGGGGAGGAUGAGGACGGUAUGGGGGCAGAUGGC